AUGGCGCGGAUACCCAUGGAAGGCAUCUCGACUACCAAGAAAGAUUACAUAGCUCGUGAAGUGUUGCCACAGAGACUUAAACCACCUCAAAAGCCCGUCAAGAGUGAUGACAGUAUGGAUUUGACCUCCACUUACAAAGAAGAUUAUAACUCCUACCCUAUCUGUCAAGUACCUCCAUGCCUCCCCCGUGUGAUGAGACACAUCCCCAGCGCCAAGAUGGAUACAAUAUCCACUUACAACGAUGACUAUGUUCUAUGGAAUGAGCCAAAGACAGAGACGAUCAGACCAGAUGACAGGUUUCGCCCAUCAGAAGAAAAAUUUGACCACACAACCGUUGUCCGGGAUGACUAUCUCUACAGGGGACCAGUUGCUACUCAAAGCUGCAAACCUCAGAAUCUGCAGAAAAGCAAGGCUCCCUUUGAGAAUACAACCAAUUAUAGAAUGAAUUACGUGCCACAUCCUCUGGAGAAACUUUAUGUCCAUAAAUAUGAGAAAUACAAGGUCAACGAGGUUCCAUUCGAUGGCCUCACAACCCACAAAGUUUCUUACAAGAGACUGGCUGGUCAGCCAGCCAAACUGGCAAAGCCAUACCAGCCAAAGCUUCUCCAUGAUCUGCCAUUUUCCUCUACAACUGAGUUUCAGGAAAAGUACCAAGCUUGGCCACAGCCUCCUCUAUUCACCAAAAAACCUGAUGUAUAUCUUCCUCCUCUGGAGAAAAUGGACCUUCACACCACUACUCAGAUGCAUUUUAAGUACCCAAAUGGCAAGCCAGCCAAGAUGUGUCGAUCUUUGCUCCAGCUUAAAAAAAGUACUGAGCCAUUCAAUAGCUCUUCUAUAAUGAAGGAAGACUAUAAACCUUGGCUGUGCAAGAGACUAAAACCCAUCACUCAUGCUCCAGAGCUGACUUUCCCAGCACAACCAAUGGAUUGCUUGACUACCUUUCAGAACCAUUAUGUGCAUCAGCCACUCACAGUUACAAAGAGCUAUAAACCCGGCUGGUCAGGCCCAAAGCAUGACACUCUGCUAGAUGAUAAAACCACCUAUGCUACCAGCUACACACCAAAGGCCAUUGUUAAAUGCUUGGCUUCUUACAAAGACCCACCUGGUUACGUCUUUGAGGGAAGUGAUGCGGAUGGUCACAAUCUCUAUCUCCCUGCUUCCAAGAGCGAGUGCCUGCAAGGUGACCACUGA